AUGGCUCAUCCCGAAUGCACACUGCCAAUUCGCUUCAUCUUCGAUGAAUGUUCUCACUUGGUUACGCAAGACAUGAUGUCGGGUGCCUGCAGACUGUGGGCCGAAAUGGUAAGUCUUGGGGCACGCGAUCUCGCGAUUGACGAUCCUGAGGCAUUCAUGUUAUGGAUUGACUCGUUCCCCCAAGACGCUCUGGAGGACGAUGCUCACACAAGUCGUUUCUUUGCCGAGUUUGCUUGGCAGCUCGCACAUCUCUUUCAAGAUGCUUCUUCAAGUACCCGGAAAGAUCAAGACGCUGCGGCUUGGACACGGUUGGCCUUUGCCGCUUGCAGAUUAUUGGACAGCCGGUGCUGCGCUUGGCUGACCGAUAAUAUCCUCGAAUUUGGUAAGACAAGUUCUUUGACGACCCCUGCCUUCACCGAGCCUGAACGAGAAGGACUAUCACUAAUUGCAUGCGAGAUGAUGGCAAUUGCAAGCUCUCAAAGGCUGGAGCAUGAGUACCUCAAGCGACUGGCGGCCCACAUGGCGAGUAUAGCUGAGACCGCUGAGGACUUUGAACGUAUCUGUACAAAGUACUUCCUACCCUCACUCAGCAGCAACGAACAUUCUGACUUGAACUCAGCGCGGAUGAUUGAGAGUUUCGAAGUGCUACAUGGGGUGUAUCUGAACUUUGUACAUGACAAUAUCAAACCACUGUUGAUGGCACUGGUGAGAAAUCCGUGGACCCAGCUCUGGAAUUUUUCAACCAACGAAGAGAAGGCAGGAGUGGAGCUAUGGACCAAGAUUGAUCACUCCGAGUGGAAGAUCUCUCGGUGUUUCGAAGAACUUGAAAGGUCCAUCUAUACAUUGAAAGACGCGGCGGGUUUGGAAAAACUCAAGUCACUGUGGGGAGAUGUUCAGAAAGGCAUGGCCACUUUGCGAGAAGCCAGCUCCUCGGCGCUGAGCUGUAUGCACGCUCUUCGCAGGUCCCAUGAUCUCGAAGAUGUCGGAUAUGUCCCGACCCUGCCAUAG